AUGGUGCCUGUUGACGUAAAGCCGUCAUCGCCCAUUAGCCCACACGAGUGGGCCGGCCGGGAGCCCAGCCAGAGCCCAGAGUUACUUCGCGGCCUGAGUCUCGCUACCGGCAGGCGGCAACCGGCUGGCGGCCGCUUCCUCCGUUCCUCUCCGGUGACUGGCUCAAGUCCUCUUCCCGGAGGAAUCAUGAUCGUCUGCGUCGCCGUCGUCGGCCACCAGAACAAUCCGCUGUACCUGCAGAGCUUCACGGAGGCGGACGACGCCCUCAAGCUCCACCACAUCGUCCACUGCUCCCUCGACGUCAUCGACGAGCGAGUUAACAAUCCUAAAAGGAGUGCGCCUACGUUGAACGAGACAUUUUUGGGUCUUCUGUACCCAACUGAGAACUACAAAGUGUAUGGCUAUUUGACAAACACAAAGGUCAAAUUUAUCAUGGUCACAACUGAUCUUGAAGUCAAAGAUGCAGAUGCCCGAAAUUUUUUCAGGAAGUUCCAUGCUGCAUAUGUAGAUGCCGUCUCAAACCCGUUCCAUGUCCCAGGGAAGAAGAUCGCUUCAAGAAGCUUUGGUGCAAGAGUAAGCACCAUCGUGAAAUCCUUCGGUUCAGGGACAACCAGUUGA